AUGGACUUGCGCACGAUCAUGAACAAUGAGGGCGGCGGCGCCUCAAAUCGUCCGCCGGUCAGCCAGGCAUCAAGCUCUCCGAUCGAUCCUCCUCCUCCAAAGCGCGUGCAGACGUUCACCGAGUAUCCCAGUCGUCCGCCGCCUCCCCAACAUCCAUCGCACGCCUCCCCAGACCGAACCGCAUCCUUCAGCGGGCCUGUCCCUUCACCCCAUCAGCAAUUUAAUGCUGGGCCACCACCACCGCUGAAUACAGCGAUACCACCGCAGCACAGCCAGAGUCCUUCGCUUGUCUCGACUCCGUACGGACCCGGCGCGUGUGAUCCGUACAGCGCGUCGGGGUACAGUGCACACCCCCAACACCCCGCGGGUCCCCUGGCCUCGCCUUACACACCGCAGCAGCCGACGAGCGCAGGACCACAGGCUCCUGAACAGCAGUCGUAUUUUGCUCAGCAGCGCUCCCACUCUCUCCACUCCGUCAUGACCAACCCGCUCGCCCCGGGAGAGACAUUUCCCAACAAAGAAGGCCCUCCGUCGGCCCCGCAACCGCCUCCAUCGCAGCAUCAAUUCUCUCCUUCAGCACAUCGAUCCGUUCCAGGGACGCCAUUGGGCCCACCUCCUACCUUUGCUUCUCGUCAGUCUCCUUCCUCUGCCCGCCCACAGUCCUCCGGUCGCGAGUCUCCGCACAAUCCACUCUCGAGUCCCCGACCGAUGCAAACGCAAGAUACUCUGAUGCGAGAUUUUCCUCAAACCCACUCGCCAUCAAACCAGCGUUAUUUUUCUCCAGGCUCGCGCCCCACCGAUUCUACCACCCAGCUUCACCCGGCGGUCAAGCAAGAGUCCAUCGAACUCACCACGCCCCACUCAAGCUCCCGCCAAGACAGCGCUGCAGCUGCCGACCUCACAGGCGCAGCUCCCCUACGCUCCUCCGAAGACCGAAAGUUGAACGAGAGCCCUACAACACCCUUUGCGCCGGGAACAGGAUCAGAGGCGCACGUGUCGCCCGUCGCAACAGCUCACUCCCAGAUGAAUAGUUCGCCGUCGGGACAAAGGGGAGGAUCGCAUCAUCUGAAGAUGGAGGUAGACAGUGAACCGACUGCUCGAGUGAACAGCCAACAGCCUAGGAUCAAAAGACGGCGGUACAACGAGCCUCCCAUUUAUGCCCAACGGUCCCGCACCCGUGGCAAAUGCCCCGUCAUCCCCAACCCCCAGCCCCUGGUUCCGAAGCACGCCAGACAAUCUCUUCAAGAUUCAUGGGCAAUUCGCCGACACUCCUCCACCGUCGUGCCAGCUCCCCCAUCUGCUACUUCAUCCCGUACCACCCGCACGCCAGGCGCCGCUCCAUCAGUUCCAGCAGCAGCUACAUCGAGCUCGAAUGGACCUCCGUCACAGCCUGCAGCUACCAAUCCAUCCGAACAGGGCUCUCUUGGCAUCUGGGAACCCUCAAUCACAGGGUUCAUUCCACAUGAGGAGAUCACCAACGAGCUUUGCAACUUCCUCUUCCGCCAUGUAGUCGCGAGGAAUGACGUGGGCGCUGGACCGGCUGGGGCUGCAGCGAGUGGGCAGGGAGCAAUUAUCGAAGUGGAGGCCAAGCUAGGUCAUAUCAUUGAUCAGGAUCGGCGGGAGAGAUUAAACUUGCCCAUCAAAACUGAGGCUGUUAUCAACCGAGAGAUGGCAGGAUUCCGAACUUCGUUUGAGAGCAACAUGACAGUGGAACAACACCGCGCAUACAACAACUUCCUCAACGAAACCGUGAAAGCCUCCAUGACCCCACCUCGUGUUGCACUCUCGUAUGCGCACAAGAAAGAGCGCGAUACCUUCUAUGAGGUUUCGCCCGACGAACUUCCCCCAGUGAUUCGCUCAAAUCUGAACCCUCGACACAAACCCAAAGUCCGUGUGACCACCGACCAACGCACCGGCGAAGUGCUCGCAAAGAUCGUGAAGUGUCGCAUCGCAGACAUGGACGUGUACAGCCCCCGAACUCCGUUUGAUUGGCGAGUGAGCGUCAACCUCGAAAUGGAGUACCCUGGCGAUAUUAGCAGCUUGUCGCCGGUCGACAUGAGACAAGGUGGCCGUGGCGAACGUAACAAAGACCGCAUGAGCUACCGUCAUCUGGCCUACCAAGUUGAUUUGACCCAAGUGGCCAGAGCAGAAGUAAGUCUUCCCUCUCGACCCCGUAUUGUUUGCAAAUUCCGCAUCCCAUCCAAGCACCCUCUUCCAUCCGCACCCCGUCUUCCAUUCCAACCCCGCACAAGCAUUGUGCCCUACCCAUGGGGUCCUUUCAGUUCCACUCCAUGGAAACAUCCUUCUGACUCGGCCUUGCAGCCUCCAACGAAAAACGACUUUGACCAUGAGCUCGAAAUCGAAAUUUCUGGCGCCGAACUUAAGCGACAAGGCCAGCUUGCUGCCGCCGGUGAUCCGAAGAAUCAGUACGAGGAGCUUGUGAAAGGGUUUGUGGAUAAUGUUCGCGUGCUGGCACGGGUCAAGUCUUGA